GGUGAGAAAGACAUGCACAUGUUCCCUUUAGAUUCAGCAUACAUUUCUAACAAGAGCUGCUGUCUUUUGAAAGAUGUCAAUCACAACUUUGAGCGUCCCUUUGGCUGACGACUUCCACACGCACCUGAGGCAAGGUGCCCUCAUGCGGGCAGUUACUCCGUUGUUGAAAACAAGUGGAGUGGCAACUGCCUAUGUGAUGCCAAACUUGAAACCGCCGGUGACCACCACCGAACAAGCGCUUGCGUACAAAGCAGAGCUUGAGGCACUGGCGCCAAACGUAAACUUCCUUAUGACACUCUACUUGACACCUGAGUUGACUCCGGAAGAAAUUCGCAAGGCAGCCAAAGCUGGAGUCGCGGGUGUAAAGUCUUAUCCUCGCGGCGUUACCACGAAUAGCGACAGUGGUAUUGAAAGCUACACCGCAUAUUAUGAAGUUUUCAGGGCCAUGGAGGAGGUCGACAUGGUUUUGAAUCUGCACGGAGAGAUCCCAAGCGAUGCAGAAGAGGGUGUAUGCGUAAUGAAUGCGGAGGAGCGGUUCUUGAAGCAUUUGGAGCAAUUGCAUCGCGACUUCCCCAACCUGCGUAUCGUACUGGAACAUGCAACAACAAAGGCCGCCGUCGACAUGGUGAAGUCUCUUGGUGCAACUGUCGGUUGUAGUAUUACCGUCCACCACCUCAGUUUAAUCGUUGAUGAUUGGGCCGGCCAAUGUCAUCACUUUUGCAAACCUGUUGCAAAGUAUCCACAUGAUCGCGAAGCAUUACGAGCCAUUGUGAAGGAAGGUCAUCCGCGGUUCUUCCUGGGAACAGACUCUGCGCCACAUCCCCGCCAUACCAAAGAGUCCAGCACUGCAGUCGCUGGAGUAUUCACAACGCCCCUUGUUCUUCCCUACCUGGCCACUAUUUUAGAAUCUUUUGGUGCAUUGGACAAACUGCAGACAUUUGCUUGCGAAAACGGACGAGCGUUCUACAAACUGCCGACACGGGCAUCUACGGCACCGGUAGCGACCCUCUUCAAACAAGAAUAUGUGGUUCCCAAAGAAUACACAUACACCGACGACGAAGGACAUGAGCGAUCGGUUGUUCCGUUUUUGGCUGGCAAGAAAUUGGCAUGGACCUUGAAAGCAUGAGGUGGAUACGUGACCAAAUAGAAAAUCCCCAUCUUAUUUAUCCUCAUCUCUGUCAAAACGCAAUUUAAAUAUUAUCAUAUAGUGAGCUCUACAUGCGCCCCAAACCACAUUUACAGAUGACAUCCACAUCGUAAC